AUGUAUCUCGCUCCAGCUGUCAGGCAGCAUCUCCUGUCAGCCAUGGGAGUGACCCAUCUGGGAUGUGCAGACCAUUCAGGUCUUCAGAUGAAGAUACUGACUCCUGGAGAUGUGAAGUGGUAUUUUCAAUGUUUCAUGUCUUGUGAGCAGCAAUGCUGUGCAUUUUUGAGGCCUAAACUGGGGAAGCAAUAUGAAGCCUCCUGUGUGUCCUUUGAACGAGUGUUGGUAGAAAACAAGCUGCAUGGCCUCUCUCCGGCCCUCUCUGAAGCCAUCCAGAGUAUUUCCAGGUGGGAGCUGGUGCAAGCUGCUUUGCCUCAUGUCCUCCACUGCACUGCAACCCUCCUUUCCAACAGGAACAAGCUAGGCCACCAGGAUAAACUGGGUGUUGCUGAGACAAAGCUCCUCCACACUCUGCACUGGAUGCUCCUGGAGGCCCCCCAGGACUGCAACAGUGAGCGGUUUGGGGGCACAGACCGAGGAUCCAGCUGGGGUGGCAGUAGCAGUGCUUUUAUCCAUCAGAUUGAAAACCAGGGUUCUCCAGGGCCGCCUUGCCAAAGAAGCUCCAACGACGAUGAAGAGAAUAACCGAAGGAAGAUAUUCCAGAACUCCAUGGCUACUGUGGAGCUCUUCGUGUUUCUGUUUGCUCCUCUAGUCCACAGAAUCAAGGAAUCUGACCUCACGUUCCGACUGGCCAGCGGGCUUGUUAUAUGGCAGCCCAUGUGGGAGCACAGACAGCCCGAAGUCUCUGGCUUCACAGCCCUGGUGAAGCCCAUCAGGAACAUCAUCACAGCUAAGAGAAGCUCUCCUAUUAAUAGUCAGAGUCAGACCUGUGAAUCUCCAAAUCAGGACACAAGACACGGGGAGGGACUCCAGGUGGUCUCCGAAACCUUCCAGUCAGAUUCCAUCUCACCCAAGGCCACCAUUUCUGGCUGCCACCGAGGAAACUCCUUUGAUGGAAGUCUGUCCUCCCAAACUUCCCAGGAAAGAGGUCCAUCACAUUCCAGGGUCUCUCUUGUGAUACCUCCAUGCCAAAGGUCCCGCUAUGCCACCUACUUUGAUGUUGCUGUGCUUCGCUGCCUCCUCCAGCCCCACUGGUCUGAGGAAGGCACCCAGUGGUCUUUGAUGUACUAUCUACAAAGGUUGCGACACAUGUUGGAAGAGAAGCCAGAAAAGCCCCAAGAGCCAGAUAUCCCUCUCCUGCCCAGACCCAGGAGUAGCUCCAUGGUGGCAGCAGCUCCCUCGCUGGUGAACACCCACAAAACCCAAGAUCUCACCAUGAAGUGUAAUGAAGAGGAAAAAUCUCUCAGUCCUGAGGCCUUUUCCAAGGUUUCAUUGACCAAUCUGCGUAGGUCUGCAGUCCCAGAUCUUUCUUCAGACCUCGGUAUGAACAUUUUUAAGAAGUUCAAGAGCCGCAAAGAAGACCGAGAGAGGAAAGGCUCCAUCCCCCUGCACCACGCAGGGAAGAGGCGGCCACGGAGAAUGGGAGUUCCGUUCCUGCUUCAUGAGGACCACCUUGACGUGUCCCCCACCCGCAGCACCUUCUCCUUUGGAAGUUUCUCUGGGCUUGGAGAAGACAGGCGAGGCAUUGAGAAAGGAGGCUGGCAGACCACCAUUUUAGGGAAAUUUACCCGGCGGGGCAGUUCUGAUGCAGCCACUGAGAUGGAGAGCUUGAGUGCCAGGCACUCACACUCUCAUCACACCCUGGUGAGUGACCUGCCGGACCAUUCCAACAGCCACGGAGAAAACACCUUCAAGGAAGUGAGAUCCCAGAUCUCCACCAUCACAGUUGCAACCUUCAACACCACAUUGGCGUCAUUCAACGUAGGCUACGCAGACUUUUUCAAUGAGCAUAUGAGGAAGCUCUGCAACCAGGUGCCUAUCCCAGAGAUGCCACACGAACCCCUGGCAUGUGCGAACCUGCCUCGAAGCCUCACAGACUCCUGCAUAAACUACAGCUACUUGGAGGACACAGAACAUAUUGAUGGGACCAAUAACUUUGUUCACAAAAAUGGCAUGCUUGAUCUUUCUGUGGUCCUGAAGGCUGUCUAUCUGGUCCUUAACCAUGACAUCAGCUCCCGCAUCUGUGACGUGGCACUCAACAUUGUUGAGUGCUUGCUUCAGCUUGGUGUGGUGCCCUGUGUUGAAAAGAACAGAAAGAAGAGCGAAAACAAGGGAAAUGAGACUGUGGAGAAAAGACCAAGUGAGGGAACUUUCCAGUUCAAAGGCGUCUCUGGAGGUUCCUGUGGGUUUGGGGGCCCUUCGGUGAGUGGAGCUGGAGAUGGUGGAGGAGAAGGAGGCGGUGGAGACGGAGGAGGAGCGGGAGGUGAUGGAGGAGGUGGAGGAGGCGGAGGAGGCCCUUACGAGAACGAGAAGAACCAAGGGAAGGAAGAAAUUACACCUGUAAGCAACCAUAGGCUUGCCCUAACCAUGCUCAUCAAAAUAGUGAAGUCUUUGGGAUGUGCCUAUGGUUGUGGAGAAGGACACCGAGGGCUCUCUGGAGAUCGCCUGAGACACCAGGUAUUCCGAGAGAAUGCCCAGAACUGCCUCACUAAGCUGUACAAGCUAGAUAAGAUGCAGUUCCGACAAACCAUGAGGGACUAUGUGAACAAGGACUCCCUCAAUAAUGUAGUGGACUUCUUGCAUGCUUUGCUAGGAUUUUGUAUGGAGCCAGUCACUGACAACAAGGCUGGUUUUGGAAAUAACUUCACCACGGUGGACAACAAAUCCACAGCCCAAAAUGUGGAAGGCAUUAUCGUCAGUGCCAUGUUUAAAUCCCUCAUCACACGCUGCGCUUCAACCACCCAUGAACUGCACAGCCCUGAGAAUCUGGGGCUGUAUUGUGACAUCCGUCAGCUGGUCCAGUUUAUCAAAGAGGCUCAUGGGAAUGUCUUCAGGAGAGUGGCCCUCAGCGCUUUACUUGACAGUGCAGAGAAGCUGGCACCAGGGAAAAAGGUGGAGGAGAAUGAACCAGAAUCUAAGCCUGUGGGCAGUAAAAGGUCAGAGGCAGGAAGCGUUGUGGAUAAAGGCCAAGUGUCCUCUGCACCUGAGGAAUGUCGCAGCUUCAUAUCUGGUCGACCCUCGCAGACUCCGGAGCACGAUGAACAAAUGCAAGGGGGCAACCUGGGGCGGAAAGAUUUCUGGCGCAAGAUGUUCAAAUCCCAGAGUGCAGCAAGUGACACCAGCAGCCAGUCUGAGCAGGACACCUCAGAAUGCACCACUGCCCAUUCAGGGAACACCUCUGACCGGCGCGCCCGCUCGCGAUCCCGUAGAAUUUCCCUGCGGAAGAAGCUUAAGCUCCCCAUAGGUAAAAGAAACUGGUUGAAGCGAUCCUCCCUCUCGGGCCUGGCAGAUGGCGUGGAAGACCUCCUGGACAUCAGUUCUGUGGACCGCCUGUCUUUCAUCAGGCAAAGUUCCAAGGUCAAAUUUACCAGUGCUGUGAAGCUCUCCGAAGGUGGCCCUGGGAGUGGAAUGGAAAAUGGAAGAGAUGAAGAGGAGAAUUUCUUCAAGCGUCUUGGUUGCCACAGUUUUGACGACCACAUGUCUUCCAACCAAGAUGGUGGAAAAAGCAAAAACGUGGUGAAUCUUGGAGCCAUCCGACAAGGCAUGAAGCGCUUUCAAUUUCUGUUGAACUGCUGUGAGCCGGGGACCAUUCCUGAUGCAUCCAUCCUGGCGGCUGCCCUAGAUCUUGAAGCCCCUGUGGUAGCCAGAGCAGCACUGUUCCUGGAAUGUGCCCGUUUCGUUCACCGCUGCAACCGUGGCAACUGGCCCGAGUGGAUGAAAGGCCACCACGUGAAUAUCACCAAGAAAGGCCUGUCCAGGGGACGGUCACCCAUCAUGGGCAACAAGCGGAACCAGAAGCUGCAGUGGAACGCUGCCAAGCUCUUCUACCAAUGGGGAGACGCAAUUGGCAUCCGAUUGAAUGAGCUGUGCCACGGGGAAAGUGAGAGCCCAGCCAACCUGCUGAGUCUCAUUUAUGACGAAGAGACCAAGAGGAGGCUGAGAAAGGAAGAUGAGGAAGAAGACUUUUUAGAUGACAGUACUGUGAACCCCUCUAAAUGCGGCUGCCCCUUUGCUUUGAAGAUGGCAGCAUGCCAGCUUCUCCUGGAGAUUACCACCUUCCUCCGAGAGACCUUUUCUUGCCUGCCCAGACCACGCACUGAGCCUCUGGUGGACCUGGAGAGCUGCAGACUUCGUUUGGAUCCUGAGUUGGACCGGCACAGAUAUGAGAGGAAGAUCAGCUUUGCCGGGGUCCUGGAUGAAAAUGAAGACUCAAAAGAUUCCCUCCACAGUAGUAGCCACACUCUCAAAUCAGAUGCAGGUGUUGAGGAGAAGAAAGUUCCCAGCAGGAAGAUCAGGAUAGGAGGUUCCCGCCUGCUCCAGAUUAAAGGAACCCGCAGUUUCCAGGUGAAGAAGGGGGGUUCCUUGUCCAGCAUUCUCCGGGUCGGCAGCUUAAAGAGCAGCAAGCUAUCACGGCAGGACUCAGAGUCUGAGGCUGAGGAGCUGCAGCUGUCCCAGAGCAGGGACACUGUCACUGACCUAGAAGGGAGCCCUUGGAGUGCGAGUGAGCCCAGUAUCGAGCCAGAAGGAAUGAGUACAGCCGGCACAGAGGAGAAUUACCACAGGAACAUGUCAUGGCUUCAUGUCAUGAUCUUGCUGUGCAAUCAGCAAAGCUUUAUCUGCACCCACGUGGACUACUGCCACCCUCACUGCUACCUGCACCACAGCCGCUCCUGUGCCCGGCUGGUCAGGGCCAUCAAGCUGCUGUAUGGGGAUACUGUGGACUCCCUCCGGGAGAGCAGCAACAUCAGCAAUGUGGCCCUCAGGGGCAAGAAACAGAAAGAGUGCUCAGAUAAGUCAUGCCUGAGGACACCUUCUCUGAAGAAGAGAGUUUCAGAUGCCAACCUGGAAGGGAAGAAAGACUCUGGGAUGCUGAAAUACAUCAGACUGCAGGUGAUGAGCCUGUCGCCUGCUCCCUUAUCUCUGCUAAUCAAGGCAGCACCAAUUCUGACAGAGGAAAUGUAUGGAGACAUCCAGCCAGCUGCCUGGGAGCUCCUGCUCAGCAUGGAUGAGCACAUGGCUGGGGCUGCAGCUGCCAUGUUCCUGCUGUGUGCGGUGAAAGUCCCCGAGGCCGUGUCCGACAUGCUGAUGUCAGAGUUCCACCACCCGGAGACCGUGCAGAGGCUGAACGCCGUCCUCAAGUUCCACACACUCUGGAGGUUUCGCUAUCAGGUCUGGCCCCGGAUGGAGGAGGGAGCACAGCAGAUUUUUAAGAUCCCGCCUCCCAGUAUAAACUUCACCCUGCCCUCGCCAGUGCUUGGAAUGCCAUCUGUCCCGAUGUUUGACCCCCCAUGGGUCCCUCAGUGCAGCGGGAGUGUCCAGGACCCCAUUAAUGAGGACCAGUCUAAAUCCUUCUCAGCCCGGGCUGUGUCCCGCUCCCAUCAAAGGGCAGAACACAUCUUAAAGAACUUGCAGCAGGAGGAAGAGAAGAAACGUCUUGGUCGAGAAGCCAGCCUCAUCACCGCCAUCCCCAUCACCCAGGAGGCUUGCUACGAGCCCACCUGCACACCCAACUCAGAGCCAGAGGAAGAAGUAGAAGAAGUCACCAAUCUGGCAUCCCGCCGACUAUCUGUCAGUCCAUCCUGUACCUCCAGCACUUCCCACAGGAAUUAUUCCUUCCGCCGAGGGUCAGUCUGGUCGGUACGGUCAGCUGUCAGUGCCGAAGAUGAGGAGCACACCACUGAACACACGCCAAACCACCACGUGCCUCAGCCCCCCCAGGCGGUGUUCCCAGCGUGCAUCUGUGCAGCAGUGCUCCCCAUUGUUCAUCUCAUGGAGGAUGGGGAGGUGCGGGAAGAUGGAGUAGCAGUGAGUGCUGUGGCCCAACAAGUCUUGUGGAAUUGUCUAAUUGAAGAUCCAUCAACAGUUCUUCGACAUUUUCUGGAAAAACUGACCAUCAGCAAUAGACAAGAUGAGUUAAUGUACAUGCUGCGCAAGCUUCUCCUGAAUAUUGGAGACUUUCCUGCUCAGACAUCUCACAUCCUGUUCAACUACUUGGUGGGGUUAAUCAUGUACUUCGUGCGGACGCCCUGCGAGUGGGGCAUGGAUGCCAUUUCAGCCACUCUGACCUUCCUGUGGGAGGUGGUGGGUUAUGUAGAGGGCCUCUUCUUCAAAGAUCUGAAGCAGACCAUGAAGAAGGAGCAGUGUGAGGUAAAGCUCCUGGUGACCGCUUCAAUGCCAGGUACCAAAACCUUGGUAGUUCAUGGACAGAAUGAGUGUGAUAUUCCAACCCAGUUACCCGUUCAUGAAGACACUCAGUUUGAAGCCCUGUUAAAGGAGUGUUUGGAGUUUUUUAAUAUCCCAGAAUCCCAGUCAACCCAUUAUUUUCUCAUGGAUAAACGAUGGAACCUUAUCCACUACAAUAAGACCUACGUUCGGGAUAUUUAUCCUUUCCGGAGGUCAGUCUCCCCACAGCUGAACCUUGUACAUAUGCAUCCAGAGAAAGGACAGGAGCUUAUUCAGAAACAGGUGUUCACGCGGAAGCUGGAGGAAGUGGGGCGGGUUUUGUUUCUCAUCUCCCUGACGCAGAAGAUCCCCACAGCCCACAAGCAGUCCCACGUCUCCAUGCUCCAGGAAGACCUCCUCCGACUGCCCUCAUUCCCUCGAAGUGCUAUCGAUGCUGAGUUUUCACUCUUCAGUGAUCCUCAAGCUGGGAAGGAGCUGUUUGGCCUCGACACUCUUCAGAAAAGCUUGUGGAUCCAGCUCCUGGAGGAGAUGUUCCUGGGCAUGCCGAGCGAGUUUCCCUGGGGAGAUGAAAUCAUGCUCUUCCUCAACGUUUUUAACGGGGCUCUGAUUCUCCACCCCGAAGACAGUGCCCUGCUCAGGCAGUACGCGGCCACCGUCAUCAACAGUGCUGUGCACUUCAACCACCUCUUCUCGCUCAGCGGCUACCAGUGGAUUCUGCCCACCAUGCUGCAGGUAUACUCUGAUUAUGAAAGCAAUCCCCAGUUGCGCCAAGCCAUUGAGUUUGCCUGCCACCAGUUCUACAUUCUUCACCGGAAGCCCUUCGUGCUCCAGCUGUUUGCUAGUGUGGCCCCGCUGCUGGAGUUUCCUGAUGCUGCCAAUAGUGGGCCCAGCAAAGGUGUGUCAGCUCAGUGCCUGUUUGACUUGCUCCAGUCCCUGGAGGGUGAGACCACGGACAUAUUAGACAUCCUCGAGCUGGUCAAGGCUGAGAAGCCGCUUAAAUCAUUAGAUUUCUGCUAUGGAAACGAAGACCUGACGUUCUCUAUAAGUGAGGCCAUUAAGCUCUGUGUUACGGUGGUGGCAUACGCUCCAGAAUCUUUCAGAAGUCUUCAGAUGCUGAUGGUCUUGGAAGCUUUAGUCCCAUGUUACCUACAAAAGCUAAAGAGGCAGACAUCACAAGUGGAGACAGUGCCUGCUGCCCGGGAGGAGAUCGCUGCCACCGCUGCUCUUGCGACAUCACUACAGGCCCUUUUGUACAGCGUGGAGGUCCUCACCAGGCCCAUGACAGCCCCACAGAUGAGCAGGUGUGACCAGGGUCAUAAAGGGACCACCACAGCCAAUCACACCAUGUCGUCUGGGGUAAACACCAGGUACCAGGAACAAGGCGCCAAACUGCACUUUAUCAGGGAAAACCUGCACUUGCUGGAGGAGGGGCAAGGUCUUCCCAGAGAGGAGCUGGAUGAACGAAUUGCCCGGGAGGAGUUCAGAAGACCCAGGGAGUCCCUGCUGAAUAUCUGCACCGAAUUCUACAAGCACUGUGGGCCAAGGCUGAAAAUCUUGCAAAACCUGGCUGGAGAGCCUCGGGUCACCGCCCUGGAGUUGCUGGAUGUGAAGUCCCACAUGAGGUUGGCAGAAAUUGCUCACUCCCUUCUGAAGCUGGCACCAUAUGACACACAGACGAUGGAGAGCCGGGGGCUUCGACGCUACAUCAUGGAGAUGCUACCAAUUACUGACUGGACAGCGGAGGCAGUGAGGCCGGCCCUCAUCCUCAUUUUAAAGAGAUUGGACAGGAUGUUCAACAAAAUUCAUAAGAUGCCUACUUUGAGGCGACAGGUUGAGUGGGAGCCUGCCAGCAAUUUGAUUGAAGGGGUUUGUUUGACGCUGCAGAGGCAGCCAAUCAUAUCCUUCCUGCCUCACCUUAGGUCACUGAUCAAUGUCUGUGUCAACCUGGUGAUGGGAGUGGUAGGACCUUCCAGUGUUGCUGAUGGACUACCCCUUCUUCAUCUCAGCCCUUAUCUCUCACCACCUCUGCCCUUCAGCACAGCUGUUGUCCGGCUUGUAGCAUUGCAGAUACAGGCUUUAAAAGAAGAUUUCCCUUUAAGCCAUGUGAUCUCCCCAUUCACCAAUCAAGAGCGAAGGGAGGGGAUGCUUUUAAAUCUACUCAUCCCAUUUGUGCUCACAGUAGGAUCUGGAAGCAAAGAUAGCCCAUGGCUGGAGCAGCCCGAGGUGCAGCUCUUACUGCAGACAGUCAUUAACGUGCUCCUGCCUCCUCGGAUCAUCAGCACAUCCAGGAGCAAGAACUUCAUGCUGGAGAGCUCCCCUGCCCACUGCUCCACCCCGGGGGAUGUGGGGAAAGACCUGCGCAGGGAAGGGUUGGCAGAGUCCACCAGCCAAGCCGCAUACUUGGCCCUGAAGGUGAUUCUCGUCUGCUUUGAGAGGCAGCUGGGCAGCCAGUGGUACUGGCUGAGCCUCCAGGUGAAGGAGAUGGCCCUGCGGAAGGUGGGAGGCCUGGCCCUGUGGGACUUCCUCGACUUCAUCGUGCGGACACGGAUCCCCAUCUUCGUGCUCCUGCGCCCCUUCAUCCAGUGCAAGCUUCUGGCCCAACCAGCAGAGAACCACGAGGAGCUUUCUGCCCGGCAGCAUAUUGCAGACCAGCUGGAGCGGCGCUUCAUCCCCCGCCCUCUGUGUAAGAGCUCGCUCAUCGCCGAGUUCAACAGCGAGCUCAAAAUUCUAAAAGAGGCAGUUCACAGUGGGUCAGCCUACCAAGGGAAGACGUCCAUCAGCACCGUGGGCACCUCCACCUCCGCCUACCGCCUGAGCCUGGCCACAAUGUCCCGCUCCAACACGGGCACCGGCACUGUCUGGGAGCAGGACAGCGAGCCCUCCCAGCAGGCCUCGCAGGACACCCUGAGUCGGACCGAUGAGGAGGAGGAGGAAAAUGACUCUGUGAGCAUGCCCAGUGUGGUAAGUGAACAAGAAGCUUACCUCCUGAGCGCCAUUGGAAGGAGGAGGUUCUCCAGCCACGUCUCUAGCAUGUCUGCACCUCAGGCCGAGGUGGGCAUGCUACCCAGCCAAAGUGAACCUAAUGUCCUCGAUGACUCCCAGGGCCUGGCCGCCGAAGGCAGCCUCUCUAGGGUGGCAAGCGUGCAGAGCGAACCUGGCCAACAGAACCUCCUCAUUCAGCAGCCGCUGGGGAGGAAGAGGGGCCUGAGGCAGCUAAGACGUCCUCUACUGUCACGUCAGAAGACUCAGACUGACUCCAAAAACCGCCAUGGGGCUCGGCUGUCAACCACCCGGAGGAGCAUUCAACCUAAAACGAAGCCGUCUGCGGAUCAGAAACGAUCUGUGACCUUCAUUGAGGCUCAGCCAGAGCCUGCAGGCGCCCCAACAGACACACUUCCUGCCACAGUCCAGCCACCAGGCUGCAGCCCAGCUCCAUCUGGGAAACCAGAAGGAAUGGACAAACCAGUCCUCACGUCUUCCCCGGCCAUUGUUGUUGCUGAUCUUCAUAGCCUGUCUCCCAAGCAGAGUGAGACUCUCCCUGCUGAGGAAGGAGAAAAGAAGGAAGACCCAGAAGUGCAGGGUGCUGCGGCACACGGCCCCCUCUCGACUCAAAUCUCAGACCCUGAUGACUUCACAGGCCUUGAGACAUCCAUCCUCCUGCAGCACGGAGACACUGUCCUUCACAUCAGUGAAGAAAAUGGCAUGGAGAACCCCCUGCUGUCCAGCCAGUUCCCUUUUACUCCCACGGAGCUGGGGGAGACUGGUGUAGACCUAGAUGAGUCACAUGUUUAGUUCUGUAUCGUGUAAGAGUUGCAGGUGUAGAUGAAAUGUGGGAGGGGUCACUUUGCUAAAAGUUGAAUACUCUUGCUUGAAAAAGAUGAAAAAACAGCACUUUAUAGCCAAUAGGUGACAUAAAUCUCAGUAGAUUUUGCCGCCAGUGCGCCUAUUGUUUCAUAAUCAUCUUUUAAAAAUCAAUGGCUAAGAUUAUUUAAUUGUGUGAAGAUCAUAAAAACCAGAGAGGAAUAAGGGGAAAGAGCCAUUUGCACACUGUUUAUGAUUCAAGAAGGCCUGAGCAGUUACAAACAUAUACUGUUACAGAGCUGCUUACCUGGAAUAUUAGCAAAUAAUAUGUUCUAAAAGAGAAUACAAUUUUUUGAGGUUAUCCACAUCAUACAUUUCAUGCAAAUGUUUAUUUUUAUAGUUUCAAAAAUAUUAAAUCAGGUAGAAAUUUCGUACAAGUAGAAAUUUACAUAAAAAUAAUAAAUAAGGAAAAUAUUAGUUUGGGGAAAACUAAAUAAUGAAUAAGCCCGCAGCCAUUUUUGUUUUGAUCAACAAUACAGCCAUUUAAAAGAAGGAAAAAACACUAUUUUUAGAGCUGUGGACUUUUCCAUAUUUAUUUUUCAACCAUCAUUUUUAUUGCAUGUUGUAAAUCAGAUUGCUAAUGCCAUAAUAUCAUUCCAUUCAUAAUCACAUUAGAGAGAAUAUUCUAGAAAUUAUCAGACUUAAUUCUGAAUUAAGAAGAACUUAACCUAUAUGACAAUAAAACUAAAUGUAAAUAUGAUCACUAGAAAGAGAUGAUAUUCCUACUUCUAGCCCUGACUACAUCAAUGCCAGGAUUAGGAGAUAUUGGAAAAUGUGAUCACUUUCCUUACAGUAGUGCCUGCCCUCCAGGGCGCAUUUUCAGAUAUUAAAGUUAUUGUUGUUAGAAUAGGUUCACUAAAAUAACUUCUCAAUGCUAACAAUAUUCUUAUGAUCCUUUAGACAUUUGAGUUUAUGAGAAAAAAUACAUAACGUGAGCAAUCUCUUCAUAGACAAAGUCAGCUUGUGAAUUUUAUUUUAACUUGAAGUUCAGUUACUCAAGAAAAGCAUAAAACUUAAAAGGCUUAUGAGGCCAUACCUAGUGUGUUAUUGAUACUAUAAUAGGGCUUAGUAUAAUAUAGUUCAAAACUGAAUUUCAAAACUUUAACACUUUACAUUAGAAAACUGCUAUAGAACUACUAAGCAUAUAAAAGCUCAUUUACAUAUCUAAAUUGGUAUGGUGGUGGUGUGUGAGUGUGUGUGUGUUUUCUAGUCCUCCAGUUGAAGUUAAAUACAGAUUUUGAUUGCAUUGCAAUGAAUUCAGAACACAUUCUAUAUGCUUAAACUGACUAUGUUGACUAUGAAAAGUAUACGUAUAUAUAGAGAAGACCUACUAAACCCACUGAAAUCACAAAGGAAAAUUAUUUUUCUGUUAGAACCGUUUAUUAAAUAGGCAUUGCUUAUAUUGUGAUUUGUACUUUCAAAUAUAAUUUGGGGUUUUGGUCCCAUUUACUAUGAGAAUGAAAGAUAGCUGUGAGUUAAAGAUAAUGGACAAAACAAAAAAUUUCAAACCUAAAGCUUCAGAAAACAGCUUUAGAAAGUAGAAGCUUCUUUUAUGUUUUACAAUAUUUUCAGAACAUUGACACUUAAUGCUGAAUUAAUUCCCAAGUGCAGAAAUAUACCUGUAAGUGGUUUUAUGAUUCUUUCUAAGCUGAUGUAUUCUGCCUGUUAAAAAUUAUGCUGCUCAAUUAGUGUUAGAGGCCUUAUGUUUGGUAAUUACAAGAGUCUGAGCUAUAUAAGUCUCUAUAUGUCUGUGUUUUGUUCCAGUUACUUGAUUUUUGAUUCAAAUUCUCUAUGUGUAAUUGUAUAAAAUAUUUAAAAAGUAAAGGGGUCAAAGAAGAUUGUGUAAUAUCUCCUAAGAAUCCUAAAUACCUUUAUAUGUAAAAGGUAUUGAACAUGAUUAUGCUGACCUGUCUGCCUUUUAGCCUGACGCCUUCACUCUGGUGUUAUGGAAGUCUGUUGGAAACUUUUCCAAUAAGCUAAGUAUUGUUGUACCUUGCAAAAAAAAAAAAAAGCCUCCACUCCGAGAAGCAGGACCUUGUAGAGUGGGAAUGUUUUCAUACUGGGACUGCUGAGAUUUUGCAGAUGUCUGCAUCUGUUCCAUUGAAGGUGCCCUUAAAUGUGUUGAAUGUAAUGUGUUGAAUGUUUAUGUGCAAUUGAUAAAGUACCUAUGUGUAUGUGCAUAAGAUUUUCACAAGAUGUAUUCUCAGGAAUACUGUUACCUGGAGUUUGAAGGAAUAUUUAAAAAAAUAGUAGUGGAAGAUUAGAAAAACAUUUAAGAUAAUUAGCAAUUUUUUGCAGUGUUCAAAAUAUUAUUGAGUAUAUGACUAAAAAUCAUUAUAUAUGAUAAAUGCAGUAUUGAUAAUACUAGAUCAUUUCUUAAGCUACAAUGCUUAAUGAUAUUUAUCUUGUUUAGAGGAAAAUUAAAACAGGCACCUACUUCCCACCUAUAAAAAUAUUGGACUUAACCGAGAGGUUGCUUUUUCAGAAAUUCACUUUUGAGAGAAAUUGGAAUAAACACGUAUCAUCCAUGAUAGUAGGUAUAGAUUCAUACUACUCAGUUUCAAUUAAAGCAGUUCAAAUCCUGGGUACAGCAUUUUCUAUAGCAAAACAUUUUACUUUCCUUUUUCAACAUUUGCUGCUUUCUAGAAUUCUAUUAGAUAAACUAUUCAAUUUUUUCCAAAAAAAGAAAAAAGGAAACUGAGUUGUUGAGUGCAUUGGAACAAGGCACUGGGAACUAGUGUCAAAAGGCAUAAUUGGACAUGGCAGUGCUGGGGAAAACAAUCUGUGAUGUUUGGGGGUCUGCUCAGAGCCUGUUGAACAGGUUGUAAGUAGCUGGUUUCCUAUUCCAGGCCUCCAAGAGUGCCUAAGGCAGUGUGACAUCUCCUCCCUUCUUUAGUAUCUAUCCCUUUAGCCACGGAAGGACAUUCUCCACUGCACUGUCCAACUCCAAGAGUAUCUGCGAUGAGAAUAGGGUAUGUAUAGGGACCUUCAGGAAAGAAAGGGUCAGAAACAGAAUUACAGUCUAAAACACAAGUACCCUUCCUCAAGUUAUACCAGAUACUUUAAUAGUCUCUGGAACUUGCUGCUAUCACACUGAGUCUUGCUGUGGCCUGUGACCUCACAUUUCUCAUUCCAUGGUUUGUCCUUGGCAGUGAGUAGAAAACCCCACUUCCUCAUUUACUUUAGUGGGCCUCAACUGCAGCAAUUCAGAAACAGAGUUUGGUUUGACACUCAGGACAAUAAAAACAAGUUAAGGGUAGAAUAUAUUUGGAAAAGCUUAAGGCAAAUUUACUUAUGUCAUUUUAAGAUCACUUAGCAUUACAGAUCAAUGUACCUCCAUAAUAUUUUCAAUAGUCACUGUGACCGAAGGAUAAAAAUCCUUUACUAGCCAUUUUAUAGGUAAAAAACAAAUUAUUGAUUAUACAACCAACUUCCCUCAGAUGACUAAGAAGUCUCUUAUGAAUACUGGAUGACCAAAGAGCAUGGAAAAAAUGCAUAUGAAUAAAUACUGAAAUGUUUAUGGAAGAUAUUUAUGAAAGAUAUUAAGACUUCUGUGUUUGAAUAUGCACAUAUAUAAUAAAGU